CUCGUGAAUGCGACUGGCCCAAAUCUUGUGAUUGCCUAGAGAGUUGGUCCAUGGAAACACUUCCACUUCCUACGACCACAAUUUGUUAUCUCUUCUUGACCGCUGAGCCUUUCUUCGGCCAACUUGUUCAUCCAUCUCAAAAGUCCUCGCGACUCCACCAAGGCCAUGCCUCUCCGGGCUUCGCAACCUGGUAAGACUGCGCCCAAGUUCUUGCACGACCUCCUUCGACUCGAUCCUCAAUCCGUUCACGCCAACCGAAACAUCCUCAUCGACGACCCUCCACAGUACGAUGGCAAGGCUCGCUCCGGUCCGGCCCUGGUCUUGGACAGAGGCAGUUGCAAGCAUGAAUACUAUUCCCACCUAGAACGCUGCAACCUGCCACGUCUCGACGAGUCUGCACAACAAGACACUUGCUGGAAGGUCGCUGCUUCUUGCAAGAAAUGUCGCCUCUACCUUACCCUAUCCAUCGACUAUCCAGAAAGCGGCUGCAAACAACCAUGUCCCAAUCAAGAUUAUCCGCUCCACCAUCUUCGUCACAUCGAGACCAACCCCUCCGGUGUUGGCUACCACUUUGGCUGUUCAAACUUUGGCUGUCAGGCCCUUGUCCACGUUGUCUAUGAGGCUCCGGUUUUGUCCAAAGAAGAUGUAUUGCUCCUCUCCGACGGCCAAGCUCUCAGCAGGCGCUAUGAAGCUGUUCUGGAUAACACUCCGGACCGCGAAGGCGUACGUCUGGCCAACCCUCUGGAUGUGUACACACGCCUUAAGAGAUACGUUUCGGACUCUCUUCUUGAGAGCAAUGCUAGACGCAGCUUCCCCGCAAGGAAUAAGAGAUUUAUGGAAGCAUUUGGAACAGAAUGCGACUCGCUUCUCCUCCGUUUGGGCUUUGAGAAAGCCGAAGACGGCGACGGCGAGCAUCAAUGGAAGCUGCCUUCACCGAAGCCAGUACAUGAUUCGGACCCGUUGCGUCUGACUCUUGAGAGACUGGUCUUGGAGCUGCAAUAUUUGAUGGAUGAUUAUUGUGCCAGCAACGCCAAGCCCAACCCUUCACGACCGUCUUAUCGUGAUGCAAAGGUGGAUCUCGCACGUACACUGAGCGCACAAGGCUACGACAAAGUGCCGGGACGCAAUCUGGCGUCAUCAGAAGAAGACCACCCCUGUUAUGCCAGUCUUGGUGCCCUCGGUGACUUCUCAGACGGUCUGAUAGAGUACUGCUAUGAGAGGCAGACCAUAUGUGACCCUCAAGAAGGUCCUUAUUACUUUGACUGUCUCCAGGACCUUGCAACAGGCAGGUCUAGCGAGCAGCUCAUCCUCAAAUCAAGCAAACUUGCAUCUCAGAACGUUUUGAGCAAAAAGGACAUCGAUCAGGCUUACAAGGCUCUGGGUAUAGAUCCAGAUCGCCAGAAAACCGUAGGCGAUGAAGAGAUUAUCGGAAUCUACAGAUCACGAUGGUCAAGUUCUGGUCCCACAGGACGAUCGGAUCUCAAGGUAGCCUUGAGAACGUUAGGCAACGCAAGAAGUAGUCGACCUAUGCUUGAUGCUGCAGCAGAUACCGUGGAAACAUAUGAGCAGGCACUUGCAUGGCUUGAUGCUAAUGAAUCACAAGCUGAUGAUACCAUCAUCGCACUGUAUGGAGUCAAAGUUGACGAUAGUCACAACGACCCAAUGACGAAAGACCUCGCUCGUCGUGCCGUCGACAUCAUCGCCAAACAACGCAAGAGCGAGAUGUUACACAGCUGGCUUGCUACAGGCGAGAUGACAUCUUCAACCAUGUCCCUCGAAGAUGCGUGCAAACACUUUGAACUUGAGGAUCUAGACAAGAUUGAUCCAGAUACGCUCGAGGCUGUUUUCUUGGUAGCUCCGCCGGGCACAACCACAGACAGAGCAACUGCCACCAUCCGCAAAGCCAUGGCCGAUCGAGAUGCCGGCAAACCUUCUCACUCUACAGAAACCUGGCCUGUGGGACUAAUAAGCCAUGGAAACACAUGUUAUCUCAACAGUCUUUUGCAAUACUACUUCACGGUGAAGCCUCUGAGAGAGCUUGUGCUCGACUUUGACAAUUACAAGUACGAUCUGGCCACCCAGGGUGCAAAGAAUGAGCGUGUUGGCAAUCUUCAUCGCCCAGAGUACGAGAUUGAGUCCUUCCAAAGCCUCACCAAUGAUCUUCGCCAUCUCUUCGAGCGCAUGAUCAGAGACCGAGGACCAGCAGUCAGACCUGAGGCGGACUUGGUCUGCAGAGCUUUCCUGAAACCAACAAGUCCCGAAGCAGAUACGACAGGAGCACAGCAAGAUGAGUCGGUGGACGUUAAUAUGACUUCAGCCGAAAAUGUAAACACACCCGGUACUGUGGAAGAGUCGGCAAUGAUCUCUCAAGCCAGUUCGACGACACUUCAAGGUGACGCUACGCUUACUCCGCCAGCCACACCUAAAGGCGAGAAGGAAGGCGAAUUGCUCGCGCCGCCGUUGCCGCCUAGAAGGCCCGCCACGCCAUCGCAGACAAGCAAAACCAAUCUCGAGAAGGCAGAAGAGGCUGCAAGACAACAGCAGGAUGUUGCUGAAGUCAUGGAAGAGUUGCUGACCAGACUGCGAGCAUCCAUUAAGCCGCUUGGUCAGGAUUCCCAAGGAGAGCAGAUGGACCAGCUUCGAGAUAUCUUCAACAUGCGAAUUGCGGACACGAUCGUUGCGGAAGGCGAGGAAACCUCGACCAAAGAAGACGACUUUACCAAUCUCAUGCUUCUACCACCUUAUGAGCCUACCAAUAUCUACUCAGCACUUGACAGAGUUCUCGACCUUCAUCCAGAGCCAAACGCCAACAAGUCGGUCAGCGUGUACAAGACGUUCAAGUCUUUCCCACCGAUACUUCAGAUCAGCAUCAAUCGCAUCUUGUUGGACCGUCAUGGCAAACCAGCCAAGAGUGAACACAGCAUAAAGAUUGAGGAGUAUCUCUACAUGGACCGCUACUCGGAGGACGAGGCCAUAUUGGCCCGACGCAAGCAAUGUUGGGAGUGGCGCAGACGUUUACGCGGCCUGCAGGCUGAGAAAGACAUCAUCCAAAAGACGAAAAUCAACAUCGAUGGGCCUUCAACACUUGAUGGUAUCUCUGACUGGCUCUCCACUAUCCCUGACGUGGAUGAAAUUCUGAAAGACGUAGGAGUUGACCCGGUCAAUGUGCCUGAGGGUCUUGCAUCGAACCUCCAACAGGAAAGCAUUUCCCAGCGUGCUCAUCUGACAGACAUUGCCAAGGAGGUGCGAGAGCUGGAAGAUGAUAUCGCAAAGCAGUUUUCUGGACCCGAGUUUGAGAAGCUCAAGUACCGCCUUCAUGCCGUGUUCUUCCAUCGCGGCUCCACCGGUCAUGGCCACUACUGGACUUAUAUCUACGACAUACAUCACAACAUCUGGCGACUGUACAAUGACGAGACAGUCGAGGAAUUCACCAAGAUCAAUGAAAUUCUCAAUGCAGAGGGCUGGCACCAGGGUACACCCACAUAUGCUGUGUACGUGCGAGACGACACCAAGGAGCAAUACGUCGAGCCACUUCGUCGUGAUGUUGAAGAGUUGGUCGACGAACCCAUGCCUGACGCAGCGGCUUCUUUCUCGGCAGCACCCACGCAAACCAGCAGUGUCGGAUUUGAAGGGGACUGGAAGCAGGAGCCAGAAGGACCACAACCGGUAGAAAUCAACUGGUAGGCCCGGUGAGGGAAAUCAAGAGCAGUCUACUCACUGCUUUUCUCCAUAGACCAACAACACUCCCAACAGCACCACCUCUCGAUUGAAUCAACAAGGCGCAGUCGUCAAGCCACAGCCACAGAAGAAGUUCCGAACGUAUACAUGCAGAAGCGCUCGUUGGUAUGAGAAGUAGUACAUAUGGUUUAAGCAGAGGAAGGAUGCUGGAAAGGAAUGGCUUUCGAGGAGGAAAGGUUGUUUGUUGCAUUCUUUCGAGCACGACGAGGAGGCAUGAAUGCAUGCAUGGCUUGGGAAGACAAGAACGAUUACUCACGGGCAUUAUGAUAGAAAGCUUGCUUGCUAUGAUUGCUUUGCUUUUCUGCAUAAAAGAUGAGUAGCAUGAUGAACGGAAGAAUGGAAGGAGGAAGUGCUAUUGUACUAUAAUAAUGCAUUGUCAAUCAUCAUCCAAAAUCAUGCCGUCUAUUCCCCCAUGUGAUCUUGAAAAGGUCAACACGC